AUGGCCUCCCUCGGACCCGAAACACCAGCGGAGCUCGCUGUCAAGGCGGACUUCGGACGCAACAUCUGGGCCGUCUUCCAGGACCUGUACGAGGACAAGUGGGAUCAAGGUCGCUGGAACACCGCAGUCGCGCGGUUCAAAACGGCGCACGACCCCGCCGUCGUGCAGCGCUUCUGGGCGCGCGCGAAGCUGCCCGCGUGGGACGCGCUCGAGGUGCAGUUCCGCAAGGGCCCGCCGCCGUUCCUGCGGCCGGGCUGGACAAGCCCGCUCCUGGGCAAGCGGGUCGACCUCCGCUGGCUCGAUGUCGGCCCGUUCGACAACAUCAAGGGCUCCGUGGACGGCUGGCGGGACGCGAAGCUGCUCAUCAUCGAGUUCUGGGCGUCGUACGUGCAGCCAUGCCUGGCGGUCUUCCGCGACCUCGCGGUCCUCGCGCGCACGCGCCCCAACGUCAAGGUCGUCGCCUUCAACGCGGAGGGCAUCUUCACGCACGCGCCCAUCGACGUCGCGGCCGUGCGCCGGUUCGUCGCGCGCCGUGACGACAUGGACUACCCGAUAUACAUCGAUACGCAUCGGGUCGCGGUCAAUUCGAUCUUUCAGCCCGGCCAGAAUCUCUCUAUCCCCUUGGCGUUCAUCAUCACGCCCAAGGACGGCGUCGUCCAGUGGGUGGGGAACCCCGAAGAGAUGGCGGCGCCCCUCGAACGCGCCCUUGGCACCGCCUAA